GGAAACAAUGUUCUCCGUAAUACUGAUCAGCAUUGCGUGGGUUGUUGAGGCAUCACCAAUAUCAAAUCGAUCACCAGUGCCAUCACGUUACGUCGAGACACCCUCCCGAGGGUAUCUACCGUCACGAAAUACCAAGAGUACACAGCGUCUCGGUUAUCAUUAUGGGUACGAGAGUUUGCAGACAGGGACGCCAGUGGAUGUUGUGCCUGUUGAGCAUGAGUAUAUAAAAAAUCCCUUCAUCCCCGUACCAAAUAGUCCAACCGAGGUGGAACCAUCGAGGCCAGUGUAUAAAAUUAUCAAGGAUGAGUACAGCCCGUCCAGCCCCACAUUGUCACCCGUCAAAAUUCAUUCAGCCGGACAGACCCUAGUAACUCCGGUAAACAUAAAAAAUCAAAAAUACCAUCCCGAUAUACCCCCGAAUGCAGUUGCAACGGCAAUCACGACACUCGAUUGGCUGCUUGAGAACAAAGGAUACAACAGCCCAAUUCAUCCACCCCCGAGUCCAGUCAUUGCCCUCGUGUUGUCGCAGUAUGGAAGAUAUUUACCUAUCACACGCGGCCCACGUGUCUAUUCAUACAUGGCAGUAAAUAAUAUUCACAAUAAUCAGCCCUUCGGUCAAUACAAGUGGGAGACUGAUGAGAAUGGGUAG